AUGUCCUACGCAAAAUAUUUUCAUAAUGUGAUCUUUAUGCAUUAUUAUUGUCUGUUUGCUGGGGCGCGCGCAUCUGUGUGUUUGUUUUGCACUCGAGUAGCUGCAACAUCCGAUGGUCAUACACGUUUAUCAUCCCUACCGCCAACCGGAUGGCAUCAAUCACUGUCAAGCGGUGAAUGGUCAUUGCUCGCAUUUAUGCCUGCCAGCGCCGCGCAUCAACGAACGCAGUCCGCGCAUCUCCUGCGCCUGUCCCGCCGGACUCAAGCUGAUGGAGGAUCGGCUGAUGUGUGUCGAAGAUUUGAGUUCAAAGAAAGCGUCGCAAGAGCGUCGCAAAAUCUUGCCAAAGAUGUCUAAAUUUACCACCACCCGCGCUCCUACAACCAACAGCAACAACAACAGCAAUAGCACUGUUCAACCAACAGCGACAGCGUCACACGAACCGACAGACGUAGAGG